UGCGAUCCCGUUCAUUUCAUCUGAUGGUUUGGCAGAGGAUUCAGAGGGGAAAGAAGAGAAAAGCACGGAAGGAGAGACGCGUGAGGCGAGCCCGACACAGGAUGGGGCAAAGUCCUCAUGCUGCUCAGAGCUGGGCUUGCUGCGAUAGACCGACCGGGGCUCGUGGUUUGGAGUGGGGGCUGCGCAGGACUCAUAAUAGAUGUUUAAGUAAGAAACUUGGCAGGAAGCAGAUGCUUUCACCUGCUGAGAAGUUCCUGAGCCCCCCAAAGAAACUGCACCCCCAUAACUCCCCCCCACACACACACAAAGUUAAGGGCACCACACCUGCCUUCCCCAGAUGGGGCUCGCUGUGCGAACGCCUCCUCGUCCUCCAGGAUUUUCCAGCGCGGGCUCAAGCUCCUCCCUCGCCGGAGCGGGUCUGCUGUCCUCCAGCCAAGCGCCAGCCAGAGCAGCGGCUGGGGGGCGGCGGGGAGUGGGCCCCGCUCGCAGCCAUUGGCUGUGCGGGCCGCAGGGGCGGAGGGAGACCGGCGGUCCCGCCGACUCGGCGGCCCCGGCUUCACUCCAGCUGCGCCCGCCGCCCGCCCGUGCGCUCCGGCAGCUCACCGCACGCUGCGCCUGACUUCCCCGCGGACGGCUUCGCGGGCGCGGAUCGCAGAGACCCGGGGGCCUGCGAGGAGCUUGGCGCCGCCCUAGUCCCACCCGGGGUGCCGGAGCGCGGCCGGGGAGGUCGGAGCGUCCCGACCCGCAGGGCACGUCCUUCGAAUGCUGGGCACUGUGGGGAUGGAGAGCCAUCUGCCAGCCUCCGAACAUUCUGGGAAUAUGGAGCUCCAGAAAAUGGGCAGAGUGCUCUGAAGAGCUCCACACUUGCUCAUGGUUCUCAUUAAAGAAGAUUCAUGUAAGCCGCAUUUUGCAGUGACGAUUGAUGGUUUAAUCAAUCAUGCCUAUGUAGUGAAGCCUCCAUGAAAACCCAGAAAGACAGGGUUCAGAGAGCAUCCAGGCCGCCGUGCUGGGACGUGCUGGGAGAGGGGAUCACUCGGCAUGGAAGCUCUGUGCCCUUUCCCCAUACCUUGCUCUAUGCAUCACCUGCUGC